AUGUCAGAUCUUGAUAUAACGUGUGCUUCUCCAAGAGCUAUCAGAGGGAAAGCGGUCGCAGAUUUUAGCAGCUUUCCCAGGAGAAUUUCCGGGGAAAUCUCUUUUUUCAAAGAAGAAGUGUGGCUACUAUUUUUUGAUGGCUCCGCCACCCCUAGCAAUAAUACUAGAGGAGGGGGCGUGGUUCUAGUAUACCCAAACGGUGAAGUUUUCUCGCGUUCCUUCAAGCUAGACUUUCGUUGCACCAAUAAUUCAACAGAAUAUGAAGCCUUUCUCAUAGGAUUGUCAUUAGCCAAGCAAGCUGGAGCCACGCGUCUGGAAAUAAGGGGAGAUUCUAAAUUACUGGUUAACCAGAUGAAUGGCAUAUACGCACUAAAAGAGGUGACACUGGCCCCGUAUAGACCCGAGGCGCAAAAGCUGCUAAAUUACUUCGCUGAUGCAACCACAACACAUGUUGGCCGUAGCAACAACAGACAUGCUGAUUGCCUAGCCACAUUAGCAUCGAAGAUGCAGUUCGAAGGUUUGGAAGAAACCCUGACGGUGAAAAGGAGAACCAUGGCAUCAACAUGGCUUUCACAAUCUAAGGAUGCUGAAACCAGCAACUGGAGAACACCGAUUUUUCAUGCUUCACGGGAUGUUGUACCACCGGAACCCAAAUAG